GGCUGUGGACAACCUUCUUAUGCCCCCACGGGGAGAGUGGUGAACGGUGAAGAUGCCGUGCCGUACAGCUGGCCCUGGCAAGUUUCCCUGCAAUAUGAAAGCGGAGGACAAUUCCACCACACCUGCGGAGGGACACUCAUCGAUGCCAACUGGGUCAUGACGGCCGGACAUUGCAUCUCACCAUCCCGCAAAUACAAGGUGGUUCUGGGUGAGUACGACCGGAGCAAAGAGGAAGGCCCAGAGCAGCACAUCCUGGUGAACUCAGAGGACAUCUAUGUGCACCCUGGCUGGAACGGCAACUGCGUGGCUUGUGGGGAUGACAUCGCCUUGCUGAAGCUUUCUCGCAGCGCAGAGCUUAACGACAAAGUGCAGCUGGGGUGCAUCCCGCCCCCGGGAGACCUGCUCCCCAAUGGAUCCCCCUGCUACAUCAGCGGCUGGGGGCGCCUCUACACUGGCGGGCCACUCCCCUCCAUCCUUCAGCAAGCCCUGCUCCCAUCGGUGGACUACGCCCACUGCAGCCAGCCGGACUGGUGGAGCUACACCGUGAAGGAGACGAUGGUCUGCGCCGGGGGAGACAUCCGGUCCGGCUGCAACGGUGACUCCGGAGGCCCCCUCAACUGUCGGGCUGCUGAUGGGAGGUGGUACGUCCACGGGGUGACGAGUUUCGUCUCUGCCUGGGGGUGCAACACCUUGAAGAAGCCCACCGUCUUCACCCGUGUCUCUGCUUUCAACAACUGGAUUGAAGAGACCAUUUCCAGCCAUUAAUGUCAAGCAGCAGCAACUGCAGCCGAAUCCCUUCCUUGCUGGAUUCUUCAGAA